CAUUUUCUCAAGACAUUGCUGUUACUAGUGCUUUCCAAUUCGUUAAACUUAAUUUGUGGAUCUCAUUUGUUAACAAAUAUGAGAUUAAAUAUCCUAAUUAUUCUCAUAACAAAGCUAUUUCUAAUGAGUUGGAAAUUGUUAAUAAUUUUAUCGAGUUAAAUACUCUCAAUCACAACAAGGCUAAUAUCAUUAAAAAUGAUAAUGUUAUUAACAACAAUAAUUAUAACGAUAUUAAUAACAAUAAUGAUAUUAAUAAUACUGAUAUGCAACCUUCAUUUUUUGAAUG